GAAUAUGACCAAAAAGAAAAAAUUCGAUGUAUCGAUAUUACGCUACACUAUCGAUUGCUUUGAGAAUUUUGUUUGGAAAUAUUUACUAAUUACAAUAAUUAAAAGAUGGGUCGCAACAAGGCCAAUAACAAGAAGGUGGCUCCUGCAGCGAAGCCGAAGACACCGCUGAACAAAUCAAAGAAGGCCAAGAACGUAUUCAAAGUGGCCGACAACAGGAAGGGCAAGGGCAAGAAGCCCAAAGAAGUCCAGGGCAAGCUGAAGCAGAUCAAAGAAUCUGUCAAGGCCAAGCAGGAGAAGGUGGAUGCCACUCUCAAGACAUUGCAUAAGGAUAUGGUGGUCAAGAAGCCAAAGCCAGCCGUGUCCCCCAUCAAGAACAAACGGAAGCCAGCUGCCAACACCGAGAAGGUGUCCGACACUUUGGGCAAACUUAAGUUCUAAGGACAGCCCCGCCCAAUGAUUUAGAUGUAGUUAGUUCCCAUUCAUUGUUAGAGGCCGCGGCCGAAUGUUGCUAGUGCAAAUAUCAUACAAAUAUACGAUAGAUAUAUUGACCACUC